AUGCGCUUAUUCACCAUUCACGUUGCUCCUAAUCUGGACAUUAUGGCGAUUGUUAGUUGGUUCGGAUUGAUGCGAGUAUCGAAUAGUUUUAAAGAUUUGGUGCGUUCGGUGAUGGAGAUAGUGCAUCUGCUGAAGUAUAGUAUUAACGGACAAAUUAUGUACACUAUACUGAGCUGGAUGUACCAAUACCGCAACCAAGUGGUUACAUUCAGAUACCAUCUUACGUACGACAUUUACAUAGUGCUGCAUAGCAGUGUGUUCGUGGAGCUAGCUAUGGACUUACAAAAGAUUUUUCUGACGUAUUUUGCGUGGUACUUAACUCAACGGUAUCAAAUCGUUAUGUACUUACUGCGCAAACGGAACGCAGUUCAUCUGCUUGCCAUUUACACCAUAUUUGAAGAUUUGAUCACUUUCAAAAAGCAUGUAUCGCAAACCUUCGGCAUUCUACUGCUCGCUCUGGUACUGCAAACAUUUAUAGCAUGCUCUUGCCAUGCAUACCUCAUCACCGUGCAAACUCUCUAUUCGUUUCAAGUAUUUACAAACAUUACUCAGUGUUUGAUAAACUUACUCUUAUUCUACGUGUUGACUUAUGCUUAUGAUUCGGUUGAAACUAAGGAGGCGGAAUUGAAAAAUGCCCUCAAAUCCAUGCAAUACACAAACAUCAAAAAACAAACAAGAGAUCAGAAGGAUUUCUACGAUUUGGUCAAUCUCAAGUUAAUGAUGGAAUCACCGAAGAUAACCGCAUGUGGACUUUUCGAAAUAAAUUUGCAAAUAUUUUACAACGUUUUUGCAGCCAUUAUAACGUACAUUGUGAUCUUAUUCCAGUUCCGAGGGUUUGAAAAAUCACCGUGA